CUCUUCUCACAAGCCCACUGCAAACGACUCCCCGAAUCCUCCAUUCGUUAGCUUGGCAUCCUCAAACGCUCGUUGCAAUCUGUAAGAAUGGUGGCCUUCAACCUCAAAGCUCUACUCCCGUUGGCGGUCCUGAUAACCAGCGCCCUCGCAUCUCCCGUGUCUCUGAGUGUCCGGCAAUCAGCCACAACCUGUGGCGAUACAGUAUACAGCUCUGACGAUGUCUCAACAUGCGCGAAUGCUGCGUAUUCCUACUACAGCGAAGACAGCACCGCAGGAGGCUCCACCUAUCCACACACAUAUAACAACUACGAGGGUUUCAGCUUCCCUGUUGAUGGACCCUACCUGGAAUUCCCACUUGAAUCCGGUAGCGCCUAUGAUGGUGGAUCACCAGGAGCAGACCGCUGCGUCAUCAAUACCAACGGAGACUAUGCUGGCGCGAUAACACACACUGGUGCUAGUGGGAAUGACUUUGUUGGAUGCUCGGGGACGAGCUAGUUGCGGGGAUAUGAUUGAGUCUAUUGUGAGAGGACUGAGUUGGUGAUAUUGGAAUGCCACUAGCUUGAAGCAAUUUUUGAGAAGAGGAUGUUCAAAAGAAUGAUUCAAGCUAGUGAGCGG